AUGACCACCUCGCGCAAAUGGCUGCUAGUGGCCCGCCAUAGCUCAAUCGCUCCAUUCCUCUACCAAACACGCACCCUCGCAGCUCCGACUCUCCGCACGUCAUACUCCACGGCAGCUGACGGCUCGGACGAGGAUAUCUCAAACCCCUCCAGCACCUCGCGCUCAUCGACCACUACGAAUGCCGAACCAGCACCAAGACCAUCCUUCCUCCAGAAACAUGCAGCCACGCGACUAUCCUCGAGCCAAGACGCGUCAAAAAAGCGAAAAGUCGCAAUGACCCGUAAAGAGAAAAAGGCCUUCGGUGAACUACUAGGCGAGCUCCAGAAAUCAGACACAUAUCCCACGUUUGCAGCGUCUCAGGGGCUGAAGAAAAAAACCGAGAAAGGAAAUGGUGGUGAUGGUGGUAGUGAUGACAUGUCCCGACUCUCUGAGAUCUUCGAGUCAGUUCUUGCGCAAGUGCGAGGGAAGGAUAAGCGCGGUGGUGAACGGAGACAACUACGGCGUCAGCCGGGCCAUAUUAAAGAGGAAGUCGAUGAGGAGGAUGAGGUGUGGGCUGAGAUGACGGUUAGUGAGGGUGGUGAGACGGUGGUUGAUAUCUCCGAAAUACUGGGUGAAGAGGGGAAGCAGGUUCCCAUGCAGCAGGCGAUUAGAAUCAUUGUGAAGCGAGAGGCAGAGAAGAUUGAGAAUGUGCUGCAAGAGGCGGUUAGUGAUGCCAAGGGGGAUAUUGGGAUAUGGGAUGUUUGCAAGGCGCGCAUUUUCUCGAUGCUGGAGCAUAUUGGGCCGAAAACAGUUUCUGAGCAGAGGAAGCGUCAAUACGAGCAGGAGCAGGGACAGCCGAUUUUGGAGAUUCCGGCGUCUGUUCCUGUUGAACCAGUUGUGGUUUCGCUCUAUCCUAGGAUACUUCUUGUCGCAUUCCGUUUGCUUAACCAACACUAUCCCAAGUCGCAGCUCAUUGGGCAAUUCCGUUCAACAAUCAAGUCUCAUGGCCGCGCGUCUGCGGUCCUGGGUACUUCGGUAGGAUUGUACAACGAGUUGAUCAGCUUCUACUGGCAGGGCAUGAACGAUUUGGGUGGAGUGAUUUCGCUAUUACAGGAGAUGGAAGUGAUUGGUGUGGAUGCGAACGAACGGACGUGCUAUAUCCUAAAGAAGAUUCUGUGCCAACGGGACCGGGAUCUUAAAGAUCAUUGGUAUCGACGUCGCCAAGUUGAAGAAGGAGAAAAGGUCCGAGUUCGUGAGCCGUGGUGGGAUAUGGCGCCGAAUCGACGGGCAGUGAGAGAGUUACUUGGACCGGAAGGAUGGGUGAGUCGGUUGGAAGCGCGUGUACACAAGAGGCGCUCUGUAUAA